GCAUAAGCUGCAUUGUCCCGCAGGGGCAGUCGCCCACCCGCAGCCUCCCCUCUCUUCUUCCUCGUCUUGGCGCUCGGCCCCGCUGCAACCCGCUGACGAAUCCCGCUUGCAGUUCCAUGGAAGGAGCCACUUCCCCCCCUGCUAAUCCGCCAGUGCAUGCGGCUUCCACCUGCUGAGCCAGCGGGAGCCGUGCUCAGCUGGCCACAGCCAGCGCCAAGGCUCUGAAACCCGCUCCGGUUGCAGAGCCUCCGCACCCCGCUCCCGCCGCCGCGGGAAAACCCGGCCCCGCGUGGCACCGGGCAGCGAAGACGCUGCAGGCAGCACCGACUGGCACCGGAGGACCUGACCCCUCAAGGUUUUCACCCAGGACUGCUCCUCUGCUGGCAGCGAGCUCCUGCUGCACUUCACUAAGGAAGAAGUCACAGGCAGCUGCCUGACUUUAUCCUGGCAGGUUGUGUCAUGAGAGGAAGAAGAGGGGUGCUGGAGAUCUUCAUGGCUCCCUGCGUGUGGUGACGUGCCCAGCUGGAUCUCUGUGCCACGGGAGCUUGGGAGAUCACUGCCCGUGCCUUCCCCACUUCAUCUCAGCCAAGCUCAGGACAUCAGGUGGAGAACAGCCACGAGACUUUCUGGGAUCUGCUCUAACCCUUCCCACAGAAGAUGACAGCAAGAGAUGGGCCUCAAGAUAGGUACAAGGCUGUCUGGCUGAUCUUCUUCAUCCUGGGCCUGGGAACACUGUUGCCAUGGAAUUUCUUCAUGACUGCCAGGGAGUAUUUCAUCGGCCGCCUCGUGGACCCAGACAUGAGCCACUCCGGAAACGAGACCAGUGGGGCCCCUUCCUACCUACAGUCCAUGUUUGACAACUUCAUGACUCUCUGCGCCAUGGUGCCCCUCCUCAUCUUCACCUGCCUCAACUCCUUCAUACACCAGAGGAUUCCUCAUCAGAUCCGCAUCUCAGGCAGCCUGGUGGCCAUCGGGGUGGUGUUUUUAGUCACAGCAAUUAUGGUGAAGGUCGACAUGGAGCCUCUUCCCUUCUUCAUCUUUACGAUGAUCAGCAUCAUCUUCAUCAACUCCUUCGGCGCGAUGCUGCAGAGCAGCCUCUUUGGGCUGGCAGGGCUUCUGCCUGCCAGCUACACAGCUCCCAUCAUGAGUGGGCAGGGCUUGGCAGGCACCUUUGCUGCUCUGGCGAUGAUCUUCAGUAUUGCCAUUGGUGCCCAGCAACCUGAGAGUUUCAUCGGUUACUUCACCACGGCCUGUGUAGCGAUUGUGCUGGCAAUCUUCUCCUACAUCCUUCUGCCUCGCCUGGAUUUCUUCCGAUACUACUCCAUGAAGGACAAGACAGAGUACCGUGUGUACAACACAGAGCUGGAGACCAAGAGAGACCUGAUUAAGAAAGAUGAGCCCAAUGGAAUGGAGCAGAAUAAUUCGAAGAUCAUCCCUGUACACAACCCUGAUGAGAAGCCCUCGGUCACUGUUAUUUUUAAGAAGCUCUGGGUCAUGGCUGUGUCUGUCUGCUUUGUCUUCACUGUCACCAUUGGUGUCUUUCCUUCCAUCACAGCUAAGGUGUCCACUGUCCUCGGAGAGGGAAACAGGUGGGGUCUCUACUUCAUCCCUGUCUCCUGCUUCCUACUUUUUAAUGUCUUUGACUGGACAGGACGAAGUCUCACUGCCCUCUUCACAUGGCCCGGGAAGGACAGCUGCCUCCUCCCAGUGAUGGUGGCCCUCCGUGUCAUCUUUAUCCCUCUUUUCAUGCUGUGCAACGUGCAGCCCCGUAAAUACCUGCCUGUCGUAUUCUCUCAUGACGCCUGGUACAUCAUCUUCAUGAUCUUCUUCUCCAUCUCCAAUGGCUACCUGGCCAGCCUUUGCAUGUGCUUUGGGCCCAAGAAAGUGCAUGCCCAUGAAGCAGAGACAGCUGGAGCCAUCAUGGCCUUUUUCCUGUCACUGGGCUUGGCCCUGGGAGCUGCUAUCUCCUUCCUGUUCCGAAUUCUAAUCUAGCAGAGGCACCCGGAGGGUGCAGGGACACCGAGAAACAGCAUCCUCCUCCAAGGCCUUGGACACCUCGGCGCCGUGGGGAGAUAAGACCUCACGCCUGCCCCUGCUAAAUCACACUGCCACAGCAGAUGUUACACCCAGGGACGGUUCCACUCAUGCAGGGUUGGCCUGACUCCUGCCUUGCUCGGCUGUGAUGCCUUCAGGCCUACGUGCCUUCUCCUUCCCCAUGCUGUGUGUGUGUGUGUAAGACCCCCAGGAUCUCAGAGAGGUCCAGCCACCUCCCAUGCUGUGUAAUUUUCCCUGCUCAAGGCCGAAAGCCAUUCUCAGCCUCCUCCUCUCUGACAGAGUUGAAGGCCGUUAUCCAGUGUUAUUCCCUCUCUUUGUCUUGUACCCAAGGCACCCAGGGACUUUCUCUCCUCUCCUUCUAGGGGGCUUGGAAACAUCCCACACCACUUCUGAGAUUUUUAACUGGGGAGAGCCCCAGCCAGUCUUGCCAUCCUUGCUUUCCCCUAGGCAUACAUCCUUCUUCACAACAGCAUCCAAGGGACAGACGUUGUGUUCCUCCCUCAUGAACAGUGUAGCCCACUGUGGCAACACUAACAGAGGAGGGGUUUACAAACCCCAACUUCUCCCCUUCUCCUUGCUUGUUUUUGUUUUUGUUUUUGCUUUUGCUUUUUUUGUUGUUGUUGUUGUUUGGUGUUUUUUGGGGGGGGUUUUUUGGUUUUUUUUUGAGUGUGUGUGAUUUUUCUAGUUUUCUUUAUGCUUCUGGUUGUGUGACUGGAGGUCCCACUGUAGACUGCAAGAGCAGGCAACUCCCUUCCCACCCGGGCUGCCUUCCCUUCCUGCAGCGGGAGGCCUGGCCUCUCCCUUGGCUUUCUUAUGUCUGUAUAAAUGUGUCUGUACAGUUGCCAUUUUCUAU